AUGGAUCAUUUGGGUCAUGUCCUCGAAACUGCAAAAAUGCUCGAGAACUUCUUCAUGACACGCGGGAAUGUACUAGGUGCAGCGGCGAACCAGGAUGAGACAGCCAGGCCACAUCAGCGUCCCCGUCUCGCCAAUGAUCCUGAUACUGAUAGAGAGUCCGACGACGACGGCACCAAUGACGACAACUUCGAUAAGGAAGAGCUCAGGCCACCUCGACCUAGCAGACCAAAUCAGGAAAUGGUUGUAUAUGGCGAGGAAGAGAUCAGGCCACCUCGACCAGAGAGAUCAUACCAGGCCACGGGUUCAGAACAGGAAGAAUUCAGACCAACUGCACAGAUCCAGAACAUGGUCGGUCUAUCUCACGGUCCAGCUGUCCAAGACCACCUCGACCUACGAGACCAGCACAGCACCAGAACACGGCCAGUCCAGCUGUCCAAGACCGGGCAGUCGAUAGACCACCUCGGUCCACGAGACCAGUUCAUCGACAUUGUUGCCGUCCAGAAUGGCCGCGCAACUCAUAGCCGCGAUGUACGCAAAAAAGACACCCCGACAGUCCGCACAGUCCGCUGUAGGCUAUGGCUCGAGAGUUUGCGUCUGCUAUCGCAUUCCGAAUCUUGCCUAGAAGACUACAGCCGCCUGCUUCGCAUGAUGAACUCUGCUGACUAUGGCUAUUUUACAGAUCGCCUACCCUUCUCCGAAGAGCUCUCAAACUCAGAUUACAUCAUGCAAGUCAACAGAGACGAGAACGGUCCCGAGAUCAAGCGCGUCCAACCGGUGAAGCGCCUUUCUAGGCCUCCUGAAGAUUACCUGCCCCCGCCAGGCCCGUACUUCGACUUUAUGCAGUUGGAACGCUUGUUUGGAAAAUUCGAUUGGCGAGAGAAAAACAAGUGUUUGUCGUGUUGGAAGCCGAAACAUACCAAAACUCUUCGCGAGUGCGAUGAAGAAUGCAAAGUAUGCAAGACUGGAUAUCACGCUGGGCGCGAAUGUCAUGCCACAUACGUUCCUGAAGUACACUGGACCUCGCAAGGCCAUAAGCCUAUUCAAGGAUAUCAAAUCCGCCCCGAUAUGAACGAGCAAGUUUACCUUAUUCUUGCCGGGAUUCUGGAGCCCACUGAAGACAAGACGAAGCCGAUUAGGCCGAACAUGAAGCAUCCGAUUAUGGAAGAUUUCUACAAGGACCGAGAAGACCCAGCACCUCUGUUGAAGCGAGAGAGGGUGCGCGCCAAAGCAGCGAGAAGCGACGAGCGACGAGCGAGGCUCAUCAGGAUGGCACUAAAUUCCAGUGCCAAAGAGGACACCCCGGCGACUACAAUGGCGAAAUGCAAGCCUCCGCGUGAUUCGAUCUCGUUAGAAGACAGCUACCCGUCCAUAGCCGUCUCCGCCGAUGCCAAAAUCGCAAUCGCAUCGUCCUCUACCAAGGAAGCGAGCACAGCUAGUCCAGCUCAUUCUGCCUCUCCGUUGAACACAUAUGCCUUUAAGGUGCCACUUUCAUCGCAACUUCCUACUGUUAAAAAAUACCGCAAUGACGAACUGUAUGUAAGCGGAGAAGAGCCUACGGGCGGCAAGGAAGACGUACACAGUCAGCUCCGAGCGAUGAUAGAGGAGCUGCAGCAACUCAAGAAGGUUCACAAAGAUAAAAUCCAGGAACUUAAGGAUGUUCACAAGAAUGAGCUACAUAAACUGAAGAGAGUUCAUGAGUCUUAA